GACUGUGGCAGAAGGGGUUGACAGUGUCAGGUUUGCUCCGGGCGGCGGUCGAAUGUAACGGUUCCCCGAAGAGCCAAGCGGCAAUAGAGAUGCAUAUAUAAGACGCCUCCAAGGAAACGAUUUGACAUAUUCGCAACGCAUCGUUCUCGUCAAGUCGACAACUCCUUCCAAAACUCUCAUUCGAAAUUACUCAAGCUUAAGUUGAUGAAUUUGGCACCAUCGCAAUGGUCAAGGUUGCAGUAGCCGGUGGUUCUGGGCAGGUUGCUCGAGAAGUAGUCGAUGCACUCGUGGCGACAGGAAAACACGAGAUAACCAUAUUUAGCCGGGGUCCAGCGCCAACUGCCGCCUCCGUAAGCGGAGUGCAAUGGCAAGCCGUUGACUACAGCGACAAGGGGGCUUUGGUUGAGGCGCUCCGAGGAACACACACGGUCUUGUCGUUCAUCCAACUGCUUUCCGAUCCUAACCAGACUGCACAAAAGAACCUGAUCGAUGCCGCAAUUAGUGCUGGUGUGAAACGCUUUGCACCUAGUGAGUAUGGAAGCCGAGGCCUCGAUAACAUGGCUUGGUGGGAGGGAAAGCAAAAAGUUAGAGAAUACCUAGAAGAAGUGAACCGGAAUCAGACUGCUAUUGAGUACACUCUGUUUCAACCUGGUCUUUUCCUGGAUUACCUAGCAUUUCCAUAUAAGACGGCGAAAUACCUGGACCCACUGCAAUGUGUUUUUGACUUCAAGAAUAGGCGCGCGAUCACCGUAGAUGGACACGAGGACGCCAUCAUGACGCUGACGACAGCGGCUGAUAUGGCAGCUAUUAUCGCCAAGGCUGUCGGUUGCGACGGCAAAUGGCCUACUAAUGGGGGCAUCUGUGGCAACAGAGUCUCAGUUGCGCAAAUCUUGGAGAUUGGACACAGAGUACGAGGACGCCCUUUCGUUGUUGAAAAGGUGAAAUCUGAGGACCUCGAAGUCGGAGAGCUGAAGACAUCGUGGUGCCUAGAAGCGGUUCACCAAGCUGUGCCCGACGAUCAAGCGCAAGCUCUUCUUAAGGCAGUAUGCAUUGGGACUCUCCUCAGCAGUUCCAAAGGGGCGUGGGAGUCAUCGGAUGAGAUCAACAAGCUAUGCCCCGAGUACGAGUUCACAUCGGCUGAAAGCUUCCUCUCGAGAGUUUGGGAUGAUAAGCCAUGAAAGCUUUGAUUUUA